GUGGGACGCAGAGCCAACAAAGGAGACUGAGGAGGAGCAGGCAGACAGUCUACGUCUCAGUCAGUGGGUGUGUCCGGGUAUAAUAUUUGAAGUGCUGCGUGCCAGGCAGAGUUGCUGCACAGAUAAUCGGGUCUAGGUGAGCUGCGGCAGAGGCCCCUGAACACACAAAGGGGAUGGCAUCUAAAGACUUCCCUCCCCCCACCACCUAUGCAGCACCUGAAGUGCCCACAGGAUUAGCCUUCUUCCUGACAAUCCCGUAUGCCUUCUUCAUUCCAGAACUGGUAUUUGGAUGCUGGGUCUGGAUUCUGGUAGCUGCCACUGAAGUGUAUUAUGAUUUGUUGCAAGGAUGGGUUAUGUAUGUGUCUAUCACUUCGUUCCUCAUCUCCCUGAUGUUCCUGUUGUCUUACUUACUUGGAUUUUACAAAAAAUAUGAAUCCUGGAGAGUUUUGGAUAGUCUUUAUCACGGAACUACUGGAAUUUUGUACAUGAGCGCGGCCGUUUUACAAGCAAACGCAACAAUUCGCACGGAGAAAGAAAGGGAUGGGAAAAUCUUUUACGAAUUGAACACCGCCGCCACGUUCUUUGCUUUUAUUACCACCCUGAUGUACAUCCUCCAUGCCUUCAGCAUCUACUACCACUGAAGGAGAGCAUAAAGACAACAGGACAGAGAAGAAUCAUCAUGUCCCAUCAGGACAAACAUCCAAAGCUGGACUGAGAUCAGUUGGCCCACAUUUUCAGACUGUAUAAAACAGAAGUAUUUUUGGUAACUUGGUUUUGAAAUUUUAAUUUGUCUAGAGUUUUUUUGUAUAUCAGAUGCAUUGUAUUGUACAUUUAAAAGGCAUUGUUUUAGUUUACCUGGAAAAUAACUGACUCUAAGAAUUAUUUAACAAUGAAUAAAGCUAGUGAGCUACAUUUGUAUUCCUUCAUGUGAAAGGUUAAACUCCAGAGGAUAUUACCCCAUAAUCAAUGAUACAGUAACAGGAUUAUUUAUGCUUUAAAUAGUGUUAUGGUUAAUUCAUUAUUAAUUAUCAAUUAUCAAUCAGUAUGG